UUCAGGAACUAGUGAAUGUUUUGGUUUCGAAGCGCUGCGAGUACACAUGCAAGGCUACGUGGACUGCCACUGUCAUAUCUCUGCAGGAGACUUUGAUAAGGAUGUAGACGAUGUUAUUGAGAAUUCAAAAAAGGCUGGAUUGCUGGCAUUGUUGGCAGUAGCUGAACAUGCUGGAGAGUAUGACAAGAUAAUUGAGCUGUCACAGAGGUUUCCAGGUUUUAUUUUUCCCUGCUUAGGAGUACAUCCUGUUCAGGAAGUUUCCAGAGAGCAGCAGAGGGGAGCCUCUCUCCAGGAUCUUGAUGCAGCUCUGCCCAUCAUUGAAAAAUACAAAGAUCAUCUUGUUGCCAUUGGAGAGGUUGGGUUGGAUUUCACACCCAGAUUCGUCAGCAGUGAGGCUGAUAAGGAGAAUCAAAGGCAGGUCCUCAUUCGUCAAGUACAGAUCGCCAAAGAGCUGGAUCUCCCUCUAAAUGUUCAUUCAAGGUCUGCAGGAAGGCCCACCAUCCACCUCCUAAAGGAGCAAGGUGUUGAGAAAGCCCUUCUUCAUGCUUUUGAUGGAAAACCAUCUGUUGCCAUGGAGGGAGUGAAGGCUGGAUAUUUCUUUUCCAUCCCUCCAUCCAUAAUCCGGAGUGAGCAGAAGCAGAAACUUGUGAAACAGCUGCCACUAGAGAACAUCUGUCUGGAAACGGAUUCGCCUGCCCUCGGUCCAGAAAAGCAGGUGAGAAAUGAGCCAAAAAACAUUAGUAUCUCUGCUGAAUACAUCAGUAAGAUCAAAGGAGUGUCGCUGGAGCAGGUGAUAGAGGUGACGACCCAAAACGCUCUGCGGCUUUUCCCGAAGAUAAAGUCUGCCAUCAGACCCUGACGGUGUAUUUCUAUCAAGAAAUACCUUCAUCUAUUUGUCCAUAAUUUUGUGUUGCUAUCCGAAUUAUUCACAUUUACAUAAAAUUUGACUAAACAAUGGAGCCCUGAAGUGUAAAUUAAUGAAAUCAGUCACAUCACAUUUGGUGGAAAUUUUCUUUUCCCUGUUGUUGAACUUUACAAGUAAAACAUGCCUCAUUAAACAAAUAUUGAUGGCGUCAGAAAGUUCUAAGUAAAUUUUUGCAAAUGAAAUAAAGUGUGGUGUUUAUCUUUUUAGUAUUGAACAUCUAUGGCUGGAUGAUCUGGGAUAUUAUGAUGUGUAAAUGAUGAGAAAAGUUAAUUACAACCCUGAGUUUCUUUGGCAUUUGUGGAUUAUGUCUUGGUGAAUUUGUAAAACAAAAUCUAUUUCUUCUGCCCAUCUAUGUUAAAGUGGGGAAAAAAAGUCAAAAUAGGAACAUUUCCAGUUGAGCUAUAAUAUAUAUGUUGCAUAAACAGCGGCAUUGAUUCUUCCUUUCACAGAUAGAUCAGUAUUUGGGGGAUUUCUACCAUUAUACAUCCUGGAUAAGAUUCCUGUGUAUGUGAUUCUUUAGAAAAAAAGUAAUACUAAAAGAUUAUUAAGUAGGGUACCUUAUAUGUAAAAAAAUAAAGUGAAUUGCAUUAAAAACAAUAAUUGCUCAACUUAA